UUUAAACCACGAUGGGAUGAGCGAAAGGUAGCAGCUGGCAGGGCAAGGCAGGAGAAGCUGAACUGGAGGGUCAACGUCGUUGUCUAAUCACCGCGCUGAGUCAGAGUGCAGACGACAACAGGGAGACAUCACAUACAUUACGUACACAUAUUACACUUCACCUGGCCCACUACAGCCCUCAGACUGCCUCCUGCUCCAUCGGAUGGCGGGCCUCCCCAACGAACACACGAAUGGCGACGAUGGGGUCAAGUUCAGUCCCAACGAUCUCGGGAUGUACACCAUCGUCAGCAACAUCGCCGAGGGAACGUUCGGACAGGUCAAAAAUUUGAGACUCCUCGCAGAGGCGAUCCACAAGGUCACCGGCCACCGAGUUGCGAUGAAGUUUCUCUCCCGAGCCGUGAUAGCGACCGAGGGGAACAAGCUGCGCGUCCGCCGCGAAUUCGAAUACACACGCAUGCUUAGACACCCGCAUAUCAUCAAACUCUACGAAGUCAUCACUACCCCCGAGGACAUCGUCUUUGUUCUCGAGUACGCCGAGGGCGAGUUGUUCGACUACAUUGCGCGGCAUGGGCGGCUCGAGGAGGACACAGCGCGCAGGUUCUUCCAGCAGAUUAUGGCCGGCGUCGAGUAUGCACACCGGCAGAACAUCGCGCACCGGGACCUCAAGCCGGAGAACAUCCUCCUCGACGAGUACUUGAACGUCAAGAUCGGGGACUUUGGGCUCUCGAGCGAGACGCGGGACGGCGAAUUUUUGAAGACGAGCUGCGGCAGUCCUAACUACGCUGCGCCGGAAGUGAUCAGAGGGGACCAGUACGCCGGCCCGGAUGCGGAUGUCUGGAGCUCGGGAAUCAUCCUGUACACCUUGCUAUGUAACAAGCUGCCCUUCGAGGAUGAAGACAUGCCCACGUUGUUCGAGAAGAUCAAAAGUGUCAAGUAUCAAGUACCGAGGGACAUCAGCCCGAAUGCCCAGAAUCUCAUCAAGUCCAUGCUCGUGCUGGAUCCGUCCAAGCGAAUAACCGUCGCCGAGAUCAUGAGGCAUCCCUGGUUCACGGUCAAGCUCCCGAGGUAUCUCACGCCGCUGCCGCCUAUCCCGGGUGCGGUCGUCGGGACUCUGAGCUCCCUCGUCUCUGCGCCGGCUGUCCCGCUGGCACGGGACAACGAGUUCGUCGAGGGUCUGGGCCUGAUCGACUUGGAAGUCGUCGACGAGCUAGCGCAGCUGCUGGAUGGUGUCGACAGCGAGGAGGUGCUCCACAGUCUGCGGCGGAAUGACGGCAUCCGCGGGAAUCAGGUCAAGGUUGCGUACAUGUUGCUGCAGGACAAGAGGCGGGUUGGGAAAGAUCGUGAGUCCCCCGCUGCAUAUUUGUGCUUUUUCUGUCUCAUUCCCUCUGCCGUUGCCAUCUCUGCCGAGCAGGAGCGAGACGACGAACUGGCGAGGUUGGAUCCUCGGAACGUCAUCUCCCCCAACGCUGUCUCCCCGAACGGCGGUGAUCUGGAGGAUAAUCCGUUCGAGGUCGAGUUCGAGGAAGACGUCAACGACGAUGAGGACGACGACCCGCACCUGCCGUCGAAUGUCUCUAUCCUGGGAACCUCGCUACCUCCCCUGGACAUGACGCCGACUGGCCGCGCGAAUCGGCCACGCACCAAGAAGGGUGCCCGAUGGCAUAUUGGGAUCCGGAGCUCCAGCGAGCCGAUGCGGGUUCUGAGCGAGAUUUACGGGCUGUUGCGCGAGAUGGGCAUGGAAUGGGCGGAACGGAAGGAUCUGUCCAAUAUCUACUGCAUCGAGGCGCGCGCCAGGGUCAAGGAAGUCGUGAUCGUCAUGACUAUCAACAUGUAUCAGGCGCGGCUGAACACUGAAUUCUACUGGAUCGACUUUACGCGCAAGCAGUCGUAUCUCGCUUCGACGGUCCCCGGUGCAGGCAAGUUCGAUCGUGCACCCCGGGAGGGAUCAGAGAACGAGUCUAUAUCUCCCGGGUCGUAUGCCCGGUCGAUGCUACCUGAUGGGUCGCACGUCCAUGAUGCCGUAGCGUCCCCCUUUAUGUUCUUCGACCUGGCUACCCAGCUCAUCCUCCGUCUCGCUUUUGGCCAUGCGAUAGACUGAAUGUAUUGUAUAUGCUCUCCUACUACAGCCAAUGUAUCUUGAAUCGAUUAGACCAGCAGUGGCCUCG